AUAAGAUACUUUGCAACAGUCGUAACUGCAAAGAGAGAUGGAAAAAUUUGAAGAAAUAAGCCAAACAGAGGCCCUUUCGAAGUACAAACAUUACAAACAUGCUGCACAUGCUAUGCUUGCAGCUGACGACCCAGGCACAACCUUUGGUUGUAAAAGAAACGCUGUUAUAAUGAUGCAAAUGAGAUUUGACGGUUGUAUAGGAUUUGUUGGUGGUCUAAUUGAUCCCGAAGAUGAUAAUCCAGUUGAUGGUUUGAAUAGAGAGUGUGUAGAAGAAAUAGCGUUAGAUUUAGAUAAAGUGAAGUUUGAAAAAGAGAAUUUUUUACUAUGUCACAUUGUUCACGAUUAUAAAUUGGUUCUUCACUUUUAUGGAAAGAAAAUACCAUUAAAACUCUUUUACGAAAUUGAGAAGAGAGCCGUUCUCGAAGCUGAAGAAUGGGGCAACGAGACGCUUGGCUUAAUAAGAGUACCUCUUAGUCUUUUUGAACAAGGAGAUAUUAACAAGAGAUUUAAAGCUUUUCUAAAACACAACUUUGCUGGAAAUGCAAAACGCCAAUUGCUUACCGGGAUGAAAAUGAUUAAUGUUGUUCCUGAAGACGUAUAUAACAAGCUUUUACAAGGCGUUGAUAUAUAA